ACGUGCGGAUCGUCGUACGGCACUUGCCACCAUUUCUCGAUUGCGUCAACGUUUACGAAACUUUAGUGAUAACACUUUCACGACGUUUUACUGGAACCGUGUGGAGUAAACCAACUUGUCUAAAGCUGUCUUGAAAACUGAAUGGAACCGGCUUGUAUGUUCAUGACACCAACUGACAAGUGAACAAUGGCAGAGAGUGGGUGUAAACUUGUGGCUCCAAAGAAGAAGAAGAGAGUUCGUGCGCUGAGACAUUCCCCUUUUCCUGUUCCCAUUCGCUCCAUUACCCACGAAACUGAGAAUGUGGGAAAAUGGUUUUACUACACUGGUCAGUUGUGUGGAUCUGCUGUCUUGGUAUGUCACUCAGGAGAUAUUCAUCAUCUGUACAAUAUGGGAUUCUUUGGAAAGGGAAAUCUCUCCAGAAGCGGGCUUGAGUUUAGCAAAAGUUUUGUGUCGGUUGUUCCCCAUGAUGCUGAUGACAAAGUAUUACGGGUCAUGAAACGGCAAAGGUUUAUUCGCCGCCUGAACUGGCAGAGGCAAACUGAAGCACACCAGAGUGGAGUGACAGAUUUUAUUGAUAUGAGGGAAUAUGAUAGCGACCAGGAACCCGGCGAAGAACAAAUCAUGCAGGAACACAAUAUGGUGGAAAAUUCCGACAAAAAGAAAAUGGCUGACAAAAAGAAAAUGGCUGACAAAGCUGAGACUUGUGACGUGGAGGACAUUUUAGACAACAGAGACAGUCACCAGCAAGAGGAAGAGGAAAAAGAAUUCUGGGAUGAUAGUGGAGGAAAUCCUGGUAUUAGGCAUGUCAGGAAGUGCAAACAAUCUGCUGAAGCAUUGUGGGAUGCUCAAGAGGCAGACACAGAUUUUUGGGGCUGUGGAGAAACUUCCGGGAAUACAGCACAACCUGAGGUUGGGAUUCAGUUAGAAAAAGUACAAAGUGAUACAGCUACCAUAACUCAUUUGGAUCAGGGUGCCAAGACUGUAGAAACUGUUCAUCCGAUGGAGAGUGUUGAACAUAAUAAGAAGAACUGUGUUAAAGACGUUGAAACAAAAAAGUCUUUGAAUAACAAAGACGACGUGCGGAUAAUUGUGCAUGAUGUCAAAUGUCACAAACCCAAAGAUCAAAGUUCAGUUUGUCCUGAUGAGAUUGAAUCUGACCUUUUGUCAUCGGGUUUGGGAAAAGUAGCUUGUAGUGAAAAUUUGGUUGCCAGUGAUGAAAAUAAUUUGACUGAAAAAGGUGAAAGAACACUGCAUUUACCGAAUUGUGUGGAAGUUUUGAAGACAAACUUCAGUGAUAAGAAAAUCUGUGAUAAAAUUACAGUCCCAGGUCAAACAGAAUCACGAUUUCCCCAGGUCUCUGGAGGUUUUCAGACAUGUGAACACUCCUCAGGCAUGGAAAUUCACCCUUCAUCCCCAAAGCCUGUCAUGUCUGUUCAGUCAUGUGACCCUCAUUGCGAAUCACAUGAGGCAGGCGGUGAUGUUUUAGUGGUUUCCGACUCCGAGGAUGAGGGUAAUGCAGCUGGAGAGCGAUUCAAACCUCACUGGGAACGUGUCAUUAAAAAUGACCCGUACAAACUACGUGAACAUCUUCAACUCAGUCUAGAGGAGGCAUUCUUUCUCUCUUAUGGCCUGGGUUGUUUGGUGUGUCAAGAUCAGAGUCAAAGACCAAUGAACUUGACAAACAUGUGGCAGACAUUUUCCAAGUUGAAGAAGUCUUUUAUCCCCAGUUACAUAGCAUACCACCAUUUUCGUAGCAAAGGCUGGGUACCUAAGCCAGGUAUCAAGUUUGGAGUAGACUACAUUUUGUAUAAGGAAGGCCCCCCAUUUUACCAUGCCUCCUACUCGGUCGUGAUUCGCAUGGUGGAUGAAGCAACGCUGACUGACAGCCAGGAUUACGCCAGUCGCACCUUAUCGUGGCCAGCACUUUCUGGUCUCAACAGGAUCACAGAAAAUGUGGCCAAGGAAUUGAUGUUCUGCUUUGUGAUUCGCCCAUCACACCUAGACCAAGAAGAGGCGGAGUCUCCUGCUUGUAUCCCGCAAUUCAAAGUACAGGAGAUGAUUGUGAAAAGAUGGGUUCCCGCUCACGAGAGAGAGAUGAAAGAACUGGAAGACAUUUUGUGAUCGUGCUGUUAUACAUAGGAAGAAUUUCUUCGCAAUUUACCUGAU